GUCAAAAUAAUUUGUUUAAUGAACUUUUAAUAAUAAAGCGAAUUAGUUUAUAAAUUAAUUUGUUCGUUAAGUGACAGUGAAGAGGAUCGAUUAUUGUGCAGUGGAUAAUGAUAGUAACGUGAUGAAAAAGUAUAUGUGUUGUGAUAAAAUCAAUGUGAUUGUUGUGCUCGAUUGUAUACGAUAGGUUAUUAACACAAAGUGAAACAUGUUCAAUUUCAUGAAGAAGGGCGGCUCCUCGUCCUCCGCGCUCACGGAGGAUCGAGAAAAGGAGCGCAGAAAAGCCGACAAGAAGUUACGAAAGGAGCAACAGAAAAGGGAUAGGGCGUCGGGUACCAUGUCAGCCGAGGAACUUCUUAGGCUGGACGAGGUUAGACGUUCAUUAAAACUCCGCGGUAGAAGAAAAGAAAAGUUGCCUUCAGGAAUCACUGCAGAUUAUAGUGCAUCCUUUUUUGCUCAAUUGGAACGAGAUAGUCCUUCUGUUGAUGGCUCAACUCCAAAUAAUAAUGCCUCUUUAACUACAAAUGGUACCGAUUUAUCUUCAAUCAAUGGUGGUGGGUCCAGUUUGACCCAUAGCAGUUUAGGCAGCAAUGCUGGAAGCGCAUCUUUACUUACUCACAGUGACAGCUCGGAAGCCUCCUUAAAUAGUAUCACCAACCAGAAUUCAAUUCGCCAAAGUCUACCUCCAAUACCGCCACGACCUCCAAAGCGAGGAAUCCUGAAAGGUCCACGCACAAGCCUCACAAAUUUAUCUGCUGAUGCAACUGAUCAUUCCAGUACUAUUCUUGAACAAAACACUAUCCAAAAUGAAUUGAUAUCUUAUCAGAACCUAGAACCAAUUUCGUCCAAAUUAGAAGUGUAUGAUACUCUGCCUGUUGGUCAUCAUCAUGCGAACAGCGCGUCUCCAGAUAAGCAGAUGAAUAAUCUUCAGGUAUUAACUUCAACCUCACCGAGUGCGGAGUCUCUUACAUCCACAAACUCAAGUUUUGCAACACCUCCAUUUUCUUUAAGUCCUGUUGGAGAAUCCCAAGGAUACCACAGAUGGUCUAGAGUCGCCACAUUCGAAGAUGUUGAUCUUCCACUUCCAGAUUUGCCUUCAAUAAUUCUUCCAGCACCGCGAACAUUGACCAUUUACCGCCAAAAAGGACCUAAAAAUGAUUUUGGAUUCAGUUUGAGAAGGGCUAUGAUUUUAGAUAAAUCUGAUUCAAAAGAUGCAGAGGGCAAGAAGAAUUUUAAGGCUGUUAUUUUUGCCGAACCGGGAACUGUGGGAGGAGCUACUGGAUUGUUGCCUGGUGAUAGAUUGUUGGAAGUAAAUGGGGUUAAAGUUGAAACCAGGACUCGGGAGGAGGUGAUUGAAAUGAUCAAGUCGAGCGAAGAAAGUGUGACGGUUACGGUUCAGCCAAUCGCUGAAUUAGCAGAAUUAUCAGCGCGGUGUCUCCUGGAUAUUUCUUCUAAGGUGAAUGGAGAAACAGAAAAUAGUUAUUCUUCAAGUACCUUGAGGAGAUCCGCCAGCAAACGAUACGACACCAAUGCCAAAACUGAUGAACAAUUAGCCGACGAACAAGCAUGGAGCGCUCCGAGUGCAGACGCUGUCUGGUUGGUGCAUCGAAAUGGUUUCACAUCGGCCAUCAGGUUGCAUCAGGAUGGAUCCAGGGUCAAAGUCAGGAUUCUGGCCAAUGGGCAAGAAUUGACGGUGGAUGAGGAUGACAUCGAAAAGGCGAAUGCUCCGUCUUUGGAUUUGGCCGAAGAUUUAGCCAGCCUGCACUUCCUGAACGAGGCGUCAGCUCUGCACAUCCUAAGACAACGGCACCAUGCAAGUCUGGCGCAUACCUAUGCAGGAAAUACGCUUAUAAUUGUGAAUCCGAUGACACAAUUGUGUUUAUACUCUGAUAAGGUCGUAUCGUUGUUCCGAGGUUGUAAACCAGAAGACAUGCCUCCUCACGUCUACGCUCUGGCACAAUCUGCCUACAGAAGCAUGCUGGUGCAGAGAAGAGACCAUUCUUUAGUAUUCUUAGGACGCUCUGGAAGCGGCAAGACUACUAGCUUCAAACACGCCUUAUAUUACCUGGCAUUAGCAGCUGGAUCCACAAAUCGAUUGUUAACACCAGAAAAACUGAAUGCUGUUUAUAAUUUAUUAGAAUCAUUUGGAAACGCUCGAACCAGUCUUAACCAAAACGCGACCAGAUUUGCUCAGAUAUUUAGCCUGGACUUCGAUCAGAGUGGUGUGAUUGCUUCUGCUUCUAUACAGGUGUUAUUGCUGGAAAGAGCUCGUGUAGCAAGACGAGUGCACGGUGAAGCAACUUUCCAUGUUUUAUAUCGUCUGAUAUCAGGUGCUGAAGGAGCUUUACGAAGAGAAUUAUUACUACAAGAAACUCAUGGCUCAGUCAAUGGAUCCCCAGGUGAAACAGGUGGUACCAAUCCAUUUUUCACACCUUUCUCACGAUUGGAAGACAAGCAGAAAGCUUCCACUGAAUUUCAGCGUCUGCAACAAGCCAUGGAACAGUUGGGUAUUUCAGAUAAAGAACAAAAAGCUAUUUGGCGAACUGUUGCAGCUAUUUAUCAUUUGGGAUGUGCGGGUGCUGCCAAAGGUGGUAGUGGAAAUCGAUAUCAAUUUGCAAGUGCUUCAGCAGCACAAAGAGCUGCCACUUUACUAGGAACUACUGUAGAAGAAUUGAACAGAGUUACUUUUGGACAACAAAGCGGAAAUACUCCAGCCACCCCUAGGGCAGCUUAUAGAACUCCAUCUCCAACGGGUCCAUCAGACAGAAAUGAAGUUGUAGGAUUAGAAGCUUUAGAAGGAUUGCUCAUUGGCCUAUACACCGAAGUAUUUAAUUGUAUUACCGGACUAAUUAAUAGAUCAAUAUCUACUUCAGCACAUACUGUGCAUUCUUUAUUACUACUGGAUUGUCCAGGAUUCCAAAAUCCUGCAUCUGCUGGACAACAAGGUGGAGCAACAUUGAAUGACUUAAUUCACAACUAUUUACAAGAGAGAUUGCAGUUAUUGUUCCAUAAUCAUGAGCUGAUGCAACCAAGGGACAGAUAUGCUCAGGAGCAAAUAGAAUUAGAUGGAUACUGUGAUUCAGGUUUGAACCCAGAGCCUAUGGUUAACAUGCUGGAUAAAACAGCUCAAAAUUCUUUGAUCAGAACCAGUCAAACCGAUAUUAGAGAAUCAGAUAGAAGAGGAUUAUUAUGGUUGUUAGAUGAAGAAUCUUUAUACCCUGGUUCUAGUGAUGAGACAUUCCUGGAAAGAUUGUUUUUACAUUAUGGUGAUCGUGAGAGCCAAAUAUUAUUGAGAAAAGCUCCUGGUUCUCUCCAAUUUAUAUUACACCAUCUUCAAGGCACAAACCCUGUUUUAUACUCAUCAUCUGGUUGGCUAAGAGGUAGUAGAGAAAAUCCUGUCUCAAAAAUGGCAAUAAGCAUAUUGCAAGAGAGCACAAAGGAGGAAAUUAGCUCACUGUUUGUGAGUAUGCGUGGCUUAGGACCAGCAUCAUUUUUAGGUGGUUCCAUUGUUGGCAUAGAUGGUUCUCAAAGUCUUAGACGUGCAUCUAGUAUCCGGAGAACUUUCACAUCUGGUGCCGCUGGUAUGAAGAGAAGAUCAGUAUGUUUGCAAGCUAAAUUUGCAGUAGAUGGUUUGAUUGAUACAUUGAGAAGAACACGAAUUCUGUUUGCUCAUUGUUUUCUGCCACAACACCAGGAAAAUAUUACUGCAAAUGGCAAUCCAGUUGAUAUUAAUGUGCCUUUGUUACGUAGUCAGUUGCGUGGUGCACAAAUUCUUGACGCCGUGCGAUUACACAAACAGGGAUUCCCGGAGCAUUUGCCGUUGCCUGAAUUCAGGCGAAGAUUCGGCCUUAUAGCGCUAGCGAACAACACCGGAGGAGGAGAUAAAAACACGGAAUUAAAAAUUCAAGACGACGUUCAAAUCGCUCAAGAAGUGUUAAGUGCGGCUGAUGUGGACGCUGCUUGUUAUAGAAUCGGCCCCAGCCAGGUAUUACUGCGUGCAGGAACUCUAGGCGCUCUCGAAUCGAAACGGGACGCUUUGCUCACCGCUCGUAUAACUGCUCUUCAGGCCAGAUGUCGUGGAGUGUUGGCCCGUCGUCGUGCAAACAAAACCAGGGUGCAGACUUUGGCCGCUCGUUGCAUCCAGCGCAAUGUGCGCGCCUUUAUGGCCGUAAGGGAUUGGCCAUGGUGGAGAUUAUUAGUCAGGGUGACGCCACUAUUGGGAGUGCACAGGACGGAAGAGCUGCUGAAGGCUAGAGUGGAAGAAUUGGAGAUAUUGAAGAGCAAAUUUGAAAAAUUGGAGGCCGAACGAACAGUCUUGAAGCAUGAAAACGAUCGGCUGGAAUCGAAGUUAUCGGAGAUGACGGCAGAUUUGGCAGACGAGCACUCGACCGCAACUUUGGCCACGGAGCGUCUGGAGCGCGAGGAGCAGGAACGAGUUCGCCUGGAGAGGGAAUUGCAGCAGGCCCAGGAUAAGAAUAGAGGGCUGCAGCAGACGUCAGAAAGAUUAGAGAUGGAAUUACUCUACGCCAGAUCAGAUCUGAAUGGAUCAGCAGGAAAUCAUUCCGAUUCCGAAGAUGGAAAUGGUGAACCAGAAGCCUACAGAAGACGUUAUGAGAGGGCACAACGGGAAUUAGAAUUCACCAGAAGACGCCUGCAGCAGCAGCACGAAGACGAUCUGGAGCAGUUGGUCGGACUUAAGAAGCAAUUGGAGAAGAAGUUAUCAGAUGCUUACGAGGAAGUGGAAGAACAACGUCAAGUUGCCGGCCAGUGGAAACGCAAAGCCCAAAAGUUGACCGCGGAGCAGAACGAUCUACGUCUCUUGUUGGAGCAGCGCGGAGCAAGAAAUGCACUCUUGGAAAAACGUCAACGCAGACAUGAGACUGAGCUGCAGCAUGCAGCAGAAGAAUUGAGAUCGGAAAGAUCACAGAGGGAAAGGGCUCAAAGAGAGCGAGAUGUUGCCAUGGCUGAGAGAGAUGGCGCUGAACAAUCUUUACAGGACCUUCGUUUGGAAUUAGACUUGAAGGAAGAGCGCCUCCAAAACCUACGCCUCGAGCUGGACUCUGGCUCAGGUGGUGGAUCAGGCGUUGGUGGUGGUCGCGUUGAUGAAGAAUUAGCUACUUUGCGCAAGAUUCGCAGCGAAUUAGAACACAAAACCAGAGAUCAGGAAGAAGAAUUAGACGACCUUGCUGGACAAGUUCAGUUACUGGAGCAGCAUAAACUGAGACUGGAAAUGAUGUUAGAAAAUGUGAGGAAGGAGGGCAGACAUGAAGCUCAGCAACGAGAUGAAGAAUUAGAAGAGACUAGGGCUAAUGCUCAGAAGAAAGUUAAAGCUCUGGAAUCCCAGUUGGAAUCCGAGCAUGCGGAGAGAACUUUAUUGCUCCGUGAACGACACGAACUAGAACGUAGACUUGCCGCAGCUGAAGAGGAGGCGCGCGGUGAUGGCAGAGCCAGGGCGGAGCAGGCCCAAAGAGCUAAGAGAGAAUUAAAACGCACCAAAGCUCUUUUACGAGAUGCCCAAGCACAAUUAGAAAGACAAAGGCAAGAAGCUCCAGCUCGGUCCCAAUUACGUGCUCUACGCAAUCAGCUAGAAGACGCAGAAGCAGCACGUGCGGCAGCAUGCAAAGCUCGCGCCCAAUUGGACGCAGAAGCAAGGGAAGCCCAACAAGCCUUAGAAGAAGCAACAAGAGCACGUACGGAAGCAGAGCAGAGACUGGCACAAGCCACCAGAGAAAGAGCUGAACUUAGAGGGCAAUUGGAUGAGAAUGAGGAGGAGUUGGCUGAGGUAAUGAAGAAAUACCGAGCUGCUGUUCAACAAUUAGGUACCGAACAACGCGCUUUGGCGGAGCAUGCUUCUAAAUUACAAGAUGCUGAACGCAAAGCAGUCAUGCUACAGGAAACCGUUUCAGAAUUGACUGCCAGACUGGAAGCGGCUGAAACCUUAGGAGAUACACACGACGCGCUUGCUCUGAAGAGAAUGGAAUUGCGCGUUAAAGAAUUGGAAUCCAAAUUAGAAAUGGAGCAGACUGCCAGAGGAAGAUUAGAGGUGCAGGUAAACAGGCACCGAGAAGCUCUGGAAAGAGCAACGACUGAAGCAAGCCAAGCGCAGGCCAGGGAGCAAUUAGCUCAAGAUACUUGUAGAAAACUCCAACGUGCCCAUAGAGAACUGCGUGAAGAACACCAAACCUUAAUCACUCGUGAAGCUGAAUGCGCUCAACGGCGCAAAGACGCUGAAAAACGCCUGGAGGCAUGUGAGGCAGAGGCAGCCAGUGCCAGGAGCGAUUUGAGGCUGGCGCUGCAGCGUAUCGAGGAUCUUCAAGCUGCCAUGAUGGAGGAGGAAGAAAUGGAAGAUUGCGACGGGGGCAGCGCUGAAGAUGGAUCUGAUGAUAGUUUUCUUUCCAGUGAUCAAGAUAGUUCCGGUGAAGAAUCAAUUGAGACUUUCUUGGCCAAGAAUAAGAUUGGUAGAUCUUCUGAAACUAGUGAAAAGCCAACGGUCAGGGUGAGUCCGAGGCAAAGCCAAAGCGCUCACGAUACUUCAAGCCCAAGGAUAAGAGUGAGUCCGAGCUCACCGCCCACAUCGCCCUACACUAAGGAGAAUAAUACUUCAUUUGCCUAAGAAGAUAAUUAAUUUAAUAUAGAUUCAACAUUGUAUUAAGUUAUUUUAAGAUAAUAAGCUUGCUCAAUCGCUACGUUAAUUGUUGUCUAUUGUAUAAAGUAAUAAAUAGAUAAGUGAAGAUAUUGAGAAUAUCUAAACUUAUCUGGUCUUACGGGAAAGCUGUUGCAGUUGUUAUAAAUUGAGAACAAGUUAUCAUUUUAAUUUAUUAAUGGCAAAAUUAUGGGUUAAUUCUCUGUUAAAAUAGAAAUGUUAUAGUAACGCUAUGUCGCGGGUCUAUCUUCGUAUUAAUUAAAAACUAUUAAAAAAAUAUGCAGAAGAAUUUUUGAUGUAAUAAGACUGAAAGUAUGCACCAUAAAUUUUGUAUGUUUGUUGUUUGUAUCUUUGUUUAUCAAAAUAUUUUGAACAAAAGUCUAGAUAGUUAAUUUAGGACGCUGCAACAGCUUGCCACAAUUAUUCAUCAAGUAUAAAAUCAUAAUAUAUUCAUAAUUAAUUUUAACACAUUCAUUGCUGCGCACGCAUAUGGUGCGUGAGACCGAGCAGGUGCGUUUGCUUUUCUUGCACUUGUUUAAAUUGAAAUGUUGUACUGCAAUUAUUUCAAACGGUUUUAUUUAAUUUUAAACAGGAGGAGUAUAAGCAACACAAGGUUGGCAGUGAAUGUGUUAAAGUACAUUUUAAUAUUCAAGUUAAUGUUAUAGUUUCCUUAUAUCUCAGUGAAGACCAUUUGCCGUCUUCAGACUGAUUUUGCACGUUAGAAGUUAAAAUGCGAUGAUCAAAUUUACUGAAGAUAAUAGCUAAGAUGAUGAUGAAACUGAGAACUUGAAAUGAAUUUUUGUAGUUAAUAUGUAUAUGGAACAAAAUAAUUAAUAAUAUAAUCAAAUUUUAUACUCCAACUACCUUUUAUCUAUAAAUAUAUCAUAAUUAGUAUCAAAUAAUGAUUAAAAUAAACUAUACAUACUGGAAUAUAAUUGCAAAGUAAUAUAAUAUGAUGAUAGUGUAAUAUUUCUUAUUAAUAUUUUUGUA